AUGGAUGCGUCAACGGGAGCUGGAACUGCGCUGACGCUAAAUCUCUCCGACGACGGGUUUUAUGCCGCCCAUGUGAAUGGAAAGGAUCUGAUUGUCUACACCAAUCCGGCUUCAGAAGACAAGGAUACCCAAGUCGCCAGGAUCAAAGAAAACGGCAUCAAAUAUCUGAAAUUUAGUCCUAGCUUGAUAUCACCCAGAGGAGCCAACGGUAGCUCAGAACGACGUCUUCUCAGUGCCAAUGACUCUCGCAUCUCAGUCUGGCAGCUGGAGCCGUUGCAGAUCGUCGCUGAAAUCGAAAAUCUUGAGCCCGGAGCACUAAGCAUCGACUUUGGGAGUGAUGGAAAUGAAAUACUUGUCUUCCAUGCUUGGAAUACAAAGUUAACCAUUUAUUCACUCGAUACGAGCCGAAUCUCGGUGAUUAAGACGCCAAAGGCUGCCCAUCCUCUUGGAUUCGGAUAUCGCCCGCAAACCAGACAAUUUGCCAUUUUGCUAAAGCCCGACACGUCUGAUCUGUUAACAAUCCAUGAGCCCGAGUCCUAUGAGCUAGUACGGCUCGCUUUGCUGCCGACUAUCGAUGCCCAAGGGUUGAAAUGGAGCCCGGACGGGAAAUGGAUUGCCGUCUGGGAUGUUGCUAGUGGAGGCACCAAAGUGCUGAUUUUCACUGCAGAUGGACAGCUUUUCAGGACCUAUACUGGGCCUUCAGGUGUUGGCGAUGCAUUUGACUUGGGCGUGAAGCAAAUUGAAUGGAGUCCAGCAGCUGGUCUAAAUGGAUCUUCUGAGAUUCUUGCCGUGGGCAAAGUUAACGGCAAUAUUGAUCUUCUACGAACUCGCACGUUCUCAUCGUCAACAACUUUGUUACACGUCUUCCCAGCGGAUCAAAUUGCACCGACUAUUUGGCGAGAGCGUUUCACCAGUGCUCUCGGGGAUGCAGAAUACGCCGAAACAAUCAGCUCAUCUGCCUCAAACAUGAGCCCGGAAUCUUCAGGAUCACCACGGGGCGUCACAAUCAUGACUUUCAGCCCUGAUUGUACCCUUCUGGCAACAGUGGACUCUCUGCGGUCCAACGUUGUCUGGAUAUGGGCUCUAGAUGGCUCUCCCAGGCUGGCUUCUGUUUUGGUACACGAGCAACCCGUUCGACAGCUUGCCUGGCACUCUUCAACACCACAGCUGCUAAUAAAUACUAUCACCAAUGCACUACCUACUAUAAGAUGGUGGUCACCGAACACUCACCCUGUCAUCGCUCGGGUUCCCACCCAGAAAAGCGAAAGCGGCAAGUACGAGGUGAAAUGGCUUGCGGAGUCAGAGCCCGACUCAGCCUUCUGGUUUGCUUCUACAGAGGAAUAUGUGGUCGGAUAUUUGUCUGCAGAAGAGGAUGUGGUGAAAUUUGAGGUGCUAAAUUCGGUGACAAGUCAAGGAUAUGGUGGACAUGCUGGAAGUAUGAUGAGCAGGUAA